GUCUUCACUUACCAUCAAACACCCAUACAGGUCUGCAGAGACAUUGUACCCAAGUCAGCCAGCUUAGCCUGAAAGCAACAGCAAGCCGACCAAGACCUACCCUCCUUUAGCACCGGCCUACCUCCCACUGCAACCAUGGCCGACGACCAAACAUCAGCAGCCAUCACCGAUGAGCAAUUCGAGGAAAAGAAACAAGCCACUUCUGCCCUCAAGUCUUUCCUUUCGGGAGGUUUCGGUGGAGUUUCCGCCGUUCUAGUCGGUCAUCCCUUUGAUCUUACCAAGACACGUUUGCAGACGGCUGCAGAUGGCACUUACACUGGUGGAUUGGACGUGGUGAGAAAGACGCUCCAAGCUGAUGGUGUUAGGGGGAUGUACAGAGGUAUGGGCCCACCACUGGUGGGAGUUACACCCAUCUUUGCCAUUUCAUUCUGGUCGUACGACACGGGAAAGAAGAUCGUCUAUGGGCUGACGCCGGAUAGAAAGGACCCUAAGCUCUCGUAUAGCGAGCUGGCCUUUGCCGGAUUCUUCUCGGCGAUUCCCACCACGCUCGUUGCUGGACCCGCUGAGCGAGUCAAGGUGUUGCUGCAACUGCAAGGCCAAAGCGGAGGUACCGGCCCAACCUACAACGGUCCUGUAGACGUGGUCCGCCAGCUCUACAAGGAGGGUGGUCUUCGCUCCAUCUUCCGUGGUACAGGUGCAACUCUAGCGCGAGACGGACCAGGAAGUGCCGCCUACUUCUGCUCUUAUGAGGCAAUUAAGCGUGCUCUAGCCCCAAAGGGUGCUGAUGCUCAAGAGCUGAAUUUACUCAAUGUCAUGAUUGCAGGUGGAACAGCGGGUAUGGCAAUGUGGGGAAUUGCUAUUCCACCCGAUGUCGUCAAGAGUCGUCUGCAGGGAGCUCCGCAGGGAACUUACUCGGGCUUCUUGGACUGCGCUAGGAAGCUCGUUGCAAAGGAUGGUGUUGGAGCUUUGUUCAAGGGAUUCGGACCAGCAAUGGCACGAGCCUUCCCUGCCAAUGCUGCCACUUUCCUGGGUGUCGAGGUCUCUCUCAAGAUGAUGAACACGGCCUUCCCAUCGCUGUGAGCAAAGUCUUCUGCAAAAUGCCUGUGCAACACACUUUUCAGACUUCUGGAUCACGACAUAUAGAAAAUGCAAAGUCACCACAAAUUUGAG